AUGGAGGUUUCCGUUGCGGCCUCGCCGAGAAAGUCCAUCGCGGAGAAGGUCUUCGGAGGGUACUACAAUGGGAGUAGCAGCCAGAAGAAGCGUGUCACUGACGCUCGCGACGAUGACAGCGAUGGAGGCAUGGAACUCAUGGAGAUUGGCGCUGAAAGGACCAAAAACGUGCUAAUUCUCAUGAGCGAUACCGGUGGCGGACACAGAGCCUCCGCUGAAGCCAUCCGUGACGCCUUUCAAAUUGAAUUCGGUGACGAAUACCGGAUAUUUGUUAAGGAUGUUUGGAAGGAAUACACUGGGUGGCCGUUGAAUGACAUGGAGGGGCAAUAUAAAUUCAUGGUUAAGCAUGUGCAGUUAUGGAACGUUGCGUUUCAUAGUACUUCUCCUAGAUGGAUUCACUCUGUGUAUUUGGCUGCCAUUGCUGCAUACUAUGCUAGGGAGGUGGAGGCGGGGUUGAUGGAGUACAAACCAGAUAUCAUAAUCAGUGUCCAUCCCUUAAUGCAGCAUAUUCCAUUGUGGGUUUUGAAGUGGCAAGGUUUGGAGAAGAAAGUGGUUUUUGUCACAGUGAUCACGGACCUUAGUACAUGCCAUCCUACUUGGUUUCAUCCUUGGGUGAAUAGAUGCUACUGCCCUUCACAAGAGGUGGCCAAGAAAGCCUCUCAAGAUGGCCUUGAGGAAUCUCAAAUCCGUGUUUUUGGCUUACCCAUCAGGCCUUCUUUUGCCAGGGCGGUUCUUGUGAAGGAUCAAUUAAGAGAAGAACUCGGGUUGGAUCCCAACUUGCCAGCAGUUUUGCUGAUGGGGGGUGGUGAAGGAAUGGGGCCUGUCAAGAAAACUGCAAAGGCUCUAGGAGAAUCACUUUUCAAUAAAGAAGCCGAGAAACCAAUUGGGCAGUUAAUCAUCAUAUGUGGUCGUAAUAAGAAUUUAGUAUCUACUCUUGAAUCUCUUGAAUGGAAGAUUCCAGUAAAGGUAAGAGGAUUUGAGACCCAGAUGGCCAAAUGGAUGGGAGCCUGUGACUGCAUCAUAACAAAAGCUGGACCAGGUACAAUUGCAGAAGCAUUGAUCAGAGGGCUUCCCAUAAUUCUCAAUGACUACAUCCCAGGACAGGAGAAAGGUAAUGUGCCAUACGUGGUAGACAAUGGAGCUGGUGUCUUCACCCGUAGUCCUAAGGAAACCGCAAGAAUAGUGGCCGAUUGGUUCACCACAAAAUCAGAUGAGCUGAAAACAAUGUCAGAGAAAGCACUUAAAUUAGCACAACCAGAGGCCGUGUUUGACAUCGUGAGGGACAUUAAUGAGCUUGCUCAGCAACGAGGGCCAGCAAAUUUUCCAUACUUGUUGACCUCAUCGUUUACUAGCUUAAUCUAA